GCUGCCUAAUUCCCUACUUCCAUCUCACUCCGCCACAGUUCCCUCAUGUUGCCGGUCAAGAGGGUUUGGGGGUGGACCUAACAUUUCGUCGGGUCGAUCUGCACGUCCAAGUCGUCGCUUUUCUUACGUUCUUCUUCCACUUCACUCGUCCAGAUCAUACUCAAUGCUCUAGCAGUACUAGUAAACUCCACGAGCACACUCCACACGCAAGAAUGGUAGCUCGCUCAUCUCUUUCGAUGCCAAUGCCAGCGUCUUCUGCCGUGGUGGCCGCCUUGUGCUGCGCCCUCCUCUGCGCCGACGCGUCGGUGCACGACUACACCGGCGAGCGCUUCGCCGCCCUCGGCAACGCCUUCGUCCUCGACGGCGGCAGCGAGGGCGUCUACGCCUCCCCCGCCGCGGACUCCUUCAUCCGAUUCGAGAAGGUCGCGUUCAAGAGGACGCCGGAGUCGGCGGCCGCGGCCGAGGAGGACGGCAACCGCACGGCCACGAUCACGGCGGUCGUCUCCGAGGCCGCGGACCGCGACGCGGUCGGGGGCUCCGACGUCACCGCCACCGGCGUGCGCGCGCUCUGCUGCACGCCUGACAUGGCGAGCCGUGGCGCGUGCACCGAGGGCUCCCUCGUGCACCGCGCGCCGAACGGCACCGCCAGCUCGGGCAGCUGGCCCAAGGUGCUCUCCGCAUCGUUCCUCCCGGGCGCCCUCGAGGCCGUCUUCCCCGACGAGACGGUCGCCGUGUCGCGCACCGGCAUGUACAGCCUCCGCUUCGUCCACUGCGACGCGUCCCUGGACGUGGCCGCGGAGGGCAAGACCAUAUGGAAGAACAGCCGCGGCUACGGCUACCUCCCCGGCCGGAUGGCACCGCUCCUGGCGUUCUACGGGGCGAUGUCGCUGGCGUUCGCCGCGCUCGCCGCGUUCUGGUUCCUCCGGUACACGCGGUUCUGGCGGGAGGUGACGCCGCUGCAGAACCUCGUCACGGUCGUCAUCGCGCUCGGGAUGGUGGAGGUGACCACCUGGUACUUGGACCUCGCGGAGUUCAGCGAGUCCGGCGUCCGGCCGGCGGGGACGACAUUCUGGGCGGCCACGGCGGGGGCGGUGCGCCGGACCGUGUCGCGCGUGCUGGUGCUCCUCGUCGCCAUGGGGUACGGCGUGGUACGUCCAACGUUCCCUGGAGGCGGCGGCGCCGGCGCGAGGGUUGCCGCCCUCGGCGCGGCGUUCUUCGCGGCGUCCGAGGCCCUGGAGGUCGGCGAUCACGUCGGCGCCGUGAGCGACCACGACCACUCAAGGACGAGGAGGCUCUUCCUGGUGCUCACCGUGGCCGCCCUCGACGCCGCGUUCAUCUGCUGGAUCUUCGCCGCGCUGUCGCGGACCAUCGGCAGGCUCAAGGCGAGGAGAAUGACGGCGAAGGUGGAGACGUACCGGAGGCUGGCGACCUCGCUGACGAUCGGCGUGGCCGUGUCGCUGGGGUGGAUCACGUUCGAGGUGCACUUCAAGUCGACGGACGGGUACCACAGCGAGCGGUGGCGCGUGGCGUGGGUCAUCCCGGCGGUGUGGCAGCUCAUCUCCUUCGCGCUCCUCUGCGCCAUCUGCCUCGUAUGGGCGCCGUCCCAUGAUUCAACCAGGUUCGCGUGCUCCGACGAGUGCGGCGACGACGACGGCGAGGAUGGCGCAAGGCCGGUGAUGAUCAGGGCUGGGCCGCUGUCGUACGUGGACAACUGGGCGUGCUACGUGACGCAGGACGCCAAGAUCAUCCUCAGGACCGACUCCGGCGUGUAUGCCAAAGCCGGCGAGGAGGACAAAAGAGUUUAGCUCCUUGACCAUGUUUAAUGCGCUGUCUAGCCCAAAGCAGCACCACGAACCAAGAGCGUCCUCGCAGAGGUGGCUUAGGACGCUGAUUUAGAAACUUGCACAUGCCAUGCUGCUGGUUUUCUUCAGUUAGCACGGCAGAAGAAGAAACAUAAUGCCAUAUACUCCGUAUAUAGCUCAUAGUUGCAGUUUGUACAAAUUUCAUGCAGUGCGUGUAACUGAUCAAAUGGACAGUUGGAAGAAAUCAUCACAUACAUA